UGCCCACAACGCGCAACAGCUCCACCAACCCAACCGGCGAGUUGCUCACCGGCCGGCCGAAAAUCGUCUCAGCCGCCUCUGGAUCUGCGGCCGCGUCGCCUCGUCGCCGGCCAGCAUGGCGCGGGCGCGGCUGGCGAAGGAGCGGCCCGCGAGCACGCCGGGGAAGCCAGCAGACCGGAGGCGGCAGCUCCACUUCGCCGCCUUCCUGCUGCUCGCCGACGCCGCGCUCGUCGCCCUCAUCGUCGCCUUCGUCCCGUAUACCAAGAUCGACUGGGACGCCUACAUGUCUCAGGUGGAUGCUUUUCGGGAGGGGGAGAGGGACUACACCAAGAUCGAGGGCGACACCGGGCCGCUCGUCUACCCGGCCGGCUUCCUCUACGUCUACUCCGCCAUCAAGUUCCUCACCGCCGGCCAAGUGUUCCCUGCUCAGAUCCUGUUCGGUGUCUUGUAUCUUGUCAACCUGAGCCUUGUUCUGCUGCUUUACGUCAAGACUGAAGUGCUUCCUUGGUGGGCUUUAGGUUUGCUUUGCUUAUCAAAGCGAGUUCACUCCAUCUUUGUGCUCCGUCUUUUCAACGAUUGCGUAGCUAUGACGUUGCUCCAUGCUGCUAUGGUCUUGAUUGUCUAUCACAAGUGGUACCUCGGCCUAAUUAUUUUCAGUGGAGCUGUCUCAGUUAAGAUGAACGUGCUCCUUUUUGCUCCAUCUUUGUUUCUACUAAUGUUGAAGGCCAUGAGUAUCAAAGGAGUUUUUCUUGCUUUGUUGGGAGCUGCAGGAGUACAGGUUUUGUUGGGUAUCCCAUUCUUGUUGUCACAUCCUGUUGAGUACAUCUCAAGAGCUUUCAAUCUUGGGCGUGUCUUCAUCCAUUUCUGGUCUGUCAACUUUAAGUUUGUUCCUGAGAAGUAUUUUGUAUCAAAAGAGCUAGCUAUUGGGCUAUUGAUUUUUCACCUCACUACUCUUAUGGUGUUUGCACACUACAAGUGGUUUAAGCAUGAAGGUGGUUUGUUCCAUUUUGUGCAUUCCAGAUUUAGAGAUGCUACAUCAAUUCAACAGCUCAUUUCGUGCAAGCCCAGACAGUCCAUUCUCAGUAAAGAGCAUAUUGUAACUGUGAUGUUUGUUGGAAACUUCAUUGGCAUUGUGUGUGCCCGCUCAUUACAUUACCAGUUUUAUUCUUGGUACUUCUAUUCAUUGCCUUUUCUGUUGUGGAGAACACAGUUUCCAACAGUAGUCAGGAUCAUUUUGUUUGUUGUCGUGGAGCUCUGCUGGAACGUUUAUCCUUCUACCGCCUAUUCAUCACUACUUCUGUUGUUCGCGCACCUCCUCAUCUUGUUCGGCCUAUGGAGUUCGCCUGCCGAGUACCCCUAUGUCGAUAAAAAGGACAAGGCGGACAGUAAAGAAUCGGGCAAGGCAAUGCCACAACUGAGCCCACAGCCCACAGGCACACUCGUUUCGUUCCGAACAGCCCCCGACCAAAACCUCGCUCGUUUCGUUCCCCAAUCUCCUCCUACCUUAGCGCGGCGGACCGGUGGACCGGCGGGUGAAGCGCGGAAGUCGGAAGGCCGGUACCGCGGCAGGCGAGAGGCGGUGCGGCGCCAAGCAGCGGAGCGGGCGACCAGGCUCAGGAUCCGGGCGUUCCGUGCGAUGGGCGGAGAAGGCGGCACGGAGGAGGAGCUGACGGCACAGGAGACAGCGCUCUAUGACCGUCAGAUCCGCGUCUGGGGUGUUGAUGCUCAGAAGAGGCUAAGUAAAGCGCAUGUGCUUGUGUGCGGCGUGAACGGUACUACUAUUGAGUUCUGCAAGAAUAUUGUUCUAGCAGGAGUUGGCAGUUUAUCCUUGAUGGAUGAUCACAUAGUCACUGAGGAUGAUCUCAGUGCAAACUUCCUAAUUCCUCAUGACGUAUGUAUGCAAGGUGUUAGCUCACGAGCUGAGGCUUGCUGCGAGUCCUUGAAAGAUUUCAAUCCAAUGGUCCGAGUUGCUGUCGCAAUAGGUGAUCCAUCACUAAUUGAUGAAGGAUUCGUUGACAGGUUCGACAUCAUUGUAGUUAGCUGUGCAUCUCUUAAAACAAAGUUGUUCAUUAAUGACAACUGUCGGAAGAGAAGCAAGCAUAUUGCCUUCUACUCUGUAGAGUGCAAGGAUUCUUGUGGUGAAAUAUUUGUUGAUUUGCAGAACCAUAGUUAUCUUCAGAAGAAGCCUGGAGGAGAACCUGAACAGCAGGAAUUGACAUAUGCUAGCCUGCAGGAAGCUAUUUCUGUGCCCUGGAGGAAUCUGCCCAGGAAAACAACUAAAUUGUACUACGCCAUGAGAGUCUUGGAAAGUUAUGAAUUAUCUGAAGGGCGCGAGCCUGGUGAGACAACAUUUUGUGAUCUACCUGCAGUUUUGGCUCAGAGGAAGGAUAUGUGUGAUAGAAUGUCUUUAAGCGAGUCUCAAAUUCCUACGGCUCUCCUGGAACGGCUUUUAGCAGCUGGAAAGAAGGAACAUCCUCCUGUAUGUGCAAUCCUUGGUGGCAUUCUUGGUCAGGAGGUGAUUAAGUCUAUAUCUUGUAAGGGCGAUCCGAUCAAGAAUUUCUUUUAUUACGACGCAGCUGAUGGUAAAGGGAUCAUGGAGGACAUCCCCCCAACUCCCGUAGAGCAAUUCGCGUGAUGCCUAGCUCGCAUUGGUCAUUAAUCACUGAUUAUUGUACCCAAUCAUUGGGGCCAACAUGUGACAACUUCUUAUCGUGGCCGAGGCAGAAAACUCAUAUUACCUCCAUCCUUUUUUUCUGAAGCAUUCUUACCCAA